AUGGCGGAAACAAAACUGUACGGUCACAAACUAACUCCGUCACUCUCAUUUCUAUCCUCUUUAACAACACUACGGCGACAUGUCGCUCCCUUUCCCAGCCGUGUUUCCUUUAACACCCCAAAACCCCCUCGUCUCCGUGUCUUAGCCAUGGCUAUUAAAAAAAGCCCAAAACGACUCAAAUACUCUGCUCCUCGUUUUACUAAGGAGGAUGGGCUGCUUUAUGUGGAAGCUGACGAAUUAGGAGCUGACACGUGGAAGUUGGAACCUGUGAUUGAGCUUUUGAAACGAGGAGCUGUUGGUGUUAUUCCUACUGAUACUGUGUAUGCGAUAGUUUGUGAUUUGAAAAGCAACUCAGCAAUUGAACGUCUUCGUAGAAUUAAAAACAUAGAACCUUCCAAGCCCCUUAGCAUCUUGUGCCGUUCUUUGAGAGACAUAGAUACAUAUACGACUGGAUUCCCACGUGGUGAUGGUCAAGGUCAUGCAAAUAUAUUUCGAGCUGUUAAGCAAUGCUUACCUGGGCCUUAUACUUUCAUCCUAACUGCAAGCAAAGAACUACCAAAACAGUGUGUGCGGUAUGGGACUACAACUGCCAAGUAUGCUUCAAGGAAAAAUGUGGGUGUCCGAAUGCCUGAUGAUGCUAUAUGCCAAGCAAUCCUAGAGAAGAUGGAUUCGCCGCUGAUAUCCACAAGUGUCAGGUCGCCUAAGGAAAACGAGUGGAUGGUCGAUCCAGUUGUAAUAGCUGAUAUAUAUGGACCAGAGGGUCUUGAUUUUGUUGUUGAUGGCGGUAUAAGAGUGGCUGAUCCAUCUACUGUAGUUGACAUGACAGGAAGCUCUCCGAAAAUCAUACGGCAAGGAAAGGGGCCUAAAUUACAGUGGAUGGUAGCAGAGGAUGACAAUGGAUCUGGUUUUCGUGUUGAGGAUCUCAUACCUUCUGCUACCUAA